AUGUUACCCGAGAAAACGAACUAUGAAGAAAAAGAUGUAAAAAAGGACACUAGUUCUUUUGUCACCAAGAGUGAUACUAAAAAUAUGCCAGAUAGUCCACCCUUAUAUCAAGACAUUCUAAAAAAAGAUCAAUUCAAUUUAAAAAAUAAUACUAAUUCUAAUUCUAAUGUUAAAAAUACAGGUGAUACCUUCGUUCAUUAUCCUCACCCUGGUAGCAAUACCAAUUUCCCAGGAGGCAAAACAACUACAUAUUAUGGCAAAAUAAAGAAGUAA